CCUGAGCACACCUGGACCGUGUGUAGAGACCAGCUGUCACCUGUGAUAUCGCCGCGAAAAAACAAUACAUCGAAUAGCAACAAGCUGCAGCGGUGUUCCAUCAAACACGGAAACAGUUCGAGAGGAACAUAUUUCCUCUGGAUGGGGAACUGUAUACUAUGUCGGAGUGGACGUCACGGUGCUAAUGAACAGCAGGUCUUUACUGACAUUCAAAAAUAUCAUGCCGCAAUACAAAAAGAGGAGGAGACACGUUGGAGAAACACAAGACUUAGUGUAGACUCGACUGAUAACACAGAGGAUAUCAUAGCCAGUGCAGACAGCUACCCGGAGCAGCUAACAAUAGACACACCUGAUCCUAGAGAGUACAAUUUUUCUUUUGAAAACCUCGUGUUUGAAGGGGGCGGGAACAAAGGCUUAGCGUAUGUUGGCUGCAUUAAGUAUUUAGAAGAGCUGGGUUUGAUGAACAAUGUGAAGCGACUGGGAGGCAGCAGCGCAGGGGCCAUAACUGCUGCCCUCAUUGCUCUAGGGUACAAUUCAGAAGACAUCCGGACAUUUUUCGAAGUCGACACGCGAGACAUUUUUCUAGAUCAUUCAUGUGGCUACCUAAGUCUGCUGCCCAAUUUGUUGAGGAAAUUUGGCUGGAAUCCUGGUAUUAGAAUUCGGGACUGGCUGGGAGAAAAGAUCAAAGAAAAAUCUCCAGAGAAAAACAACCCGGAUAUGACCUUCUAUGAGCUAUACAAACACAGGAACAUCGAGCUGUGUGUUGUUGUGACUAACCUCAACCAAAUGAGGUCUGAGUACUGUCACCCUAAGACCACUCCAGACAUGCCAAUUAGAGAUGCUCUGCGCAUGACAAUGGCAAUACCAGCCGUGUUCUCGCCGACGAUUUACGACAUACACGGACAGGCGGAUACCUACGUGGACGGGGGAGUCUUGUGCAACUACCCGCUACACUGCUACGACGGCUGGUACCUGUCGAUGAGGAAAGAAGACUCCCUACUCACCAAAAUGACAUCCUUACAGAACUUCUCAAGCAACAUGUCCAGAAGGUUCUAUCCUCGCAAUGAGAAGACUCUCGGCUUUCUUUUGUACGACGAAGCCGAGACCGAGAUAAUGAGAUUCAGCCUUGAAGCCAGAGCUGGGACCAAUGAGCCAGCUGAGCCAGUAAAGACAACUAAGUUGUUUGAAGAAAAACGCAAAAAGAUGCAGGAAAGGGCAAACGCCGAAAGGGAACACCGAAAGAUUGUGACUGCCGUUGAAGCUUUUAUGACUGCUCUAGAUAAACACAACAAAAAAGACCUGGAGCAUAUUGAAAGAGAUGAAUUAGAAAAUGCUUUAAGAGAUACCGAGGUCUUCUCAGAAGAAAAUGCAACAAUUUUGUUUGGGAACAACAUUACCGUCGAUAAUGUCUUGGAUCUUUUGGACAAGGAUGGAACUGGCACGAUAUCAAUUCCAGAGAUUUUACACUUCCUUGAGGAAAGGGGAAUAAGAAUGCAGACAAGAAUUCACGGCUAUGGCAGGAAGGAGAUCACGUCGUUUGUCCAGUUCCUCAAGGCGUUGAAGAACACCAUGUACACCAACCUGAAGUUUAUUUACGUCGAUGAACAAGACGUAGACAGGACGAUUGGUAUCAACACAGGACAUGUCGGCACGUCGGAUUACGAUCUAGAACCAGCAGACAAGGAAUUUGUUAUUGACCGUGGCUACUAUGCGGCUCGGAAUUUUUUCCGACACUGUGUAGCCAGUGGCCGACACUGUGAGAGAAGGCUGGCAUCUCCUAGAGAACAUCUCCCUGAUGAGAACGGCUCUGUGAGUUCAUUCUACGACAACAUGCAACACAGAGUGCGCAUAGAAAAUGGGGCGGCGGAACAUGACGCGCUGCUUGGAGAGAGGGUGUUAUAAAAACAUUAGCUAUUUGAGAAAUGUGAAGUAGAAGUUAAUACGUUUUAGAAGGCGGUGGUUACGUUAAUGGUAUGGAGAAUGUGGAGUAUAAAUACAUUUUUGGAGAACUUGGUGUAUAAAUUAAUGUAUGGAAAAUGUUACGCAUGUUUUAUAAAUUAACGGUAUGUAGAUUGUGGUGUAUAAAUUAAUAUAUGAAAAUGUUACGUAUGUUGUAUAAAUAAAUGGUAUGGAGAUUGAGGUGCAUAAAUUAAUUGUAAGCAAAAUUUAGUGCAUAACGUAAUGGUGUGGAGAAUGUGGUUUAUUAAUUAAUGUUAUGUAGAAUGUGGUAUACACAUUAAUGUAUGGAUAAUGGUGUGAGUACAUUGAUGGUAAAUAUGAUUAUGUAUAUAAAUUAAUGCUAAAUAUAAUUAGGUAUACCCAUUAUUUCGUAUGGAGAACUUGGUAUAUACAUUAAUCGUUUGAGUAAUAUCGAACAUAAAAUAUUGUUUGGCACAAUUAGUAACCUAAAGUCCUAUUAUGUGUAUGGUGAUUAUUGUUGCUAAGUAAUUUAUUGGAAAAUGUGCUGUAUGGUUAAUUUAUAUGUAGAAUGUAAAGUUUAAUUAAUAGUUAAGAGAAUAUGGAAUGCAAUUAAUUGUUUACAUAAAGUGUUGAAUGAAUCGUCAUUUCUCUAAACGUUGUUAGUUUAAUUCUUGUGUUCAAUCAUGUACAUACGCUUAUAGUUCAAUAAUGAGAUAUGUUGUAGCAAAAUAUAAUUUAUAACACUGUUGAUGGGGAUCUUAUUGGAUUUGAUUUGUGUUUUUAUUUAAUACAUUUAUUUUUCUACUUUAUAAGAAUUUAAUGUCUGGCAAUUUUGGUAUUGCUGUACAUUUUAAUUUAUAAAAUAAAAUGUAUGUCAUAAUUUUAACGGUAAUGUACAAUUUAUACCAAUAAAAUAUACGUAUCCAGCUAGGUUAAUUCUUAUAUAAUGGAUAAACUUUUAACUCAAAAUACUCCAACUUCGAGUUUUUUUCAUAAUUUUCUGCUUUAAAAAAAUACCUUUAACAUUUCAAUCCUUAGAAUUUGCAAAAAGUAGCUAUACCUAUUACUGUUACUCGAUAACUAUACAAAUGUAAAGCCUGUUUCCCAUACACGGUAAAAAUGUAUUCGAGAAUAUUUUGUUUUAUUUUCUCGUUUACGGAAGGUAAAUCGUGUUGUAAUCGAAAUCAAAAGCUCAUUUCUUGAUUACCGUGAGUUGAAUUGUUCGUCUCUACUUUAAACGUUGUUUGCUUAACUCGUGUGUUCGAUCAUGUACAUACGCUUAUAGUUCAAUAAUGCGACAUGUAGCAUAAUACACUUUAUAACAAUGUUGAUGGGGAUC